CGAAUGUCUUGGGUCUUUAUGGAUGAGGGGUAGAUAUAAAGUUUUGCGAUUGCGCACUCGGCAGAUAAAUAGCACUUUGUACCAUUGACUUGGGUUACAUCUACCGUCUUAAGAUUUGCGGCAGCACCACCUUUACGACCUGUUGGUCUUUCCAUUUGCAAUCAAUCGAGUUUGGUUUAGAUCUUUCCAAUAUGGCGCCUGCCUUGACAUCAUCGGCGCCCACAGCUCCCCACGAGCUUUCAAAGGGUCUCGCCAACAACAAGGUGGACAAGAACAUCUUCCCUGACGGCAUCCGCACAUCAGGACAAUAUGAACCUCUCUUUGACCAGCUCCGCCCAUACGAAGACUUCCCUCAAGAGAUUACAGGGCCCACUGCCUGGUCAAAAGCUGACUACGAAAACAACCCUGAGCGAUGGACACAUGUGUUCUCUGAAUCCGAGAUUGCGGAAAUCUCAAGCGCCGCCGACAAAUUCAUUGCCUCCAGCGAGCCUCUGACUGGUAUCACUAAGGAGAAGUUCCAGCUUCCAGAAUUCAGCGGUUUCCUCGAGCCUCUCCGCAAGGAGAUCAUCAAUGGCAAGGGCUUCAUCUUGUUCAAGGGCCUGCCAGUAACUGAGUGGGGAAACCAGAAGUCUGCUGUUGCGUACAUGGGUCUUGGAACAUACUUGGGAUACUUCGUGAGCCAGAACUCGCGCGGGCAUGUUCUCGGACACGUCAAGGAUCUUGGUGAGGAUGCAACUCAGAUCGAUAAGGUGCGCAUCUACCGCACCAACGCGCGACAAUUCUUCCACGCCGAUGACUCGGAUCUCGUCGGUCUGCUGUGUAUUGCCAAGUCUCUCGAGGGUGGUGAGAGUGAUUUGGUGAGCAGCCACGAGGUGUGGAAUGUGCUGCAGAAGGAGCACCCUGAUGUUGCGAAGCUUCUGACUGAGCCCAUCUGGUACUUUGAUCGUAAGGGAGAGACGAGCAAGGGCCAGCAAGAGUGGAUCCGAACCAGUGUCUUCUAUCUUGAGACUGGCGAUAAUCCGCGGGUGUACUCUAAGUGGGACCCAUACUAUGUUAAGUCCUUGACACGCUUCAGCGACAAAGGCCUCAUUCCUGCGCUUUCGCCUGAACAGGUCCGCGCUGCUGCUAUUCUCGACGAGACUUGCCUCCGCCUUGCUCUCCACAUGAUCCUUGACAUUGGCGAUAUUCAGUUCUUGUCCAAUAACCACGUCCUUCACGCAAGGACAGCAUACAAAGACUACCCUCCACCAGCCCCCCGCAGGCACUUGAUGAGGCUGUGGCUCAGCACACCAGAGGACGAGGGUGGCUGGAAGCUGCCGUUCCACGACAGCAAAGACAAGAAGAGGGGUGGGAUUCAGGUGGAUGAUACACCACCUGUUGCCCCUUACGAUGCCGAGUAAAUGACCAAACAAACCGCAACAAGUGUAGGAGUGUACGACCCAUAGAUUUUUCGACCUCAGUGAAUAGAUACCAAAUCAAAAUGUGAUAUCAG